AGCUGCAGCAGCAGGAGCGCAACGCAGACCGUCGCAGGGCGCAAUCUUCCCGGUUUCACCAGAGACACCUCGCCCGCUCCGCCCGUGCACCAGCCUCUCUCCCAGCCCGACGCCAUGCCCAACUUCGCUGGCACCUGGAAGAUGCGGAGCAGUGAGAAUUUCGACGAGCUUCUCAAAGCGCUGGGCGUGAAUGCCAUGCUGAGGAAGGUGGCCGUGGCCGCAGCCUCCAAGCCGCACGUGGAGAUCCGCCAGGACGGGGACCAGUUCUACAUCAAGACCGCCACCACCGUGCGCACCACCGAGAUCAACUUCAAGGUUGGCGAGGGCUUCGAUGAGGAGACGGUGGAUGGACGCAAGUGCCGGAGUUUGCCCACUUGGGAGAAUGAAAAUAAAAUCUACUGCACACAAACUCUGGUGGAGGGCAAUGGCCCGAAGACAUACUGGACCCGGGAGCUGGCCAAUGACGAGCUGAUUUUGACUUUCGGUGCCGAUGACGUCGUGUGCACAAGAAUUUAUGUCAGGGAGUAAAAAGAAGAUGGUCUGGUCUGGUCCUGGGGUUGGGGAGGGGGGAGUAGAAUGAAGGCAUGUGAACCCAUACUUUGUGAGGGGCUAACUCCUUAGGGGACCUGGGACCACCCGUUCCUGAAGCAGCCAUGAAUGUGAAUCCGACUUCAGAAGAGAAGCCCUACCAGCUGACAUUAGGUGUAUUCCUUGGUUUUCUUUCCCGUACCCAAAACAGUCGUGUUCUCUUCUAAGAUGUCACUCUUCUCGUGUAUUCAUUCACCACUUUGUAUCUUGGAAUUGGAGUGGUUUGAUUACUCAUUAAAUUUG